CCAAAGGAAGACCUGGUUCUUGUAAUCUUUUCUGUGUGCCUGCAGAACUCUCUUCUUUCUUGACCACAAAUGAAAGAGAAUUUCCUGGUUUUCUUUACUUUUUUUUUCUUUUUGUCUUCCUCUUAUUAUAAGUAGCUAGAUAGUGCCAACAAAUCCCAAGUUUUCUUCUUUUGUUUUUUGUGUUUUUUUUUUUUAAAAAACAAAAACAAACACAUCUCUCUCUAGAUACCACCACCACCAUCAUCUUCAAGAACUAGAAAAGGAAGAGAAAAAGAGAAAGACAAAAAGGGUUUUUUUUAUUAAACUCUAGUCAUCCUCUUUCUGUCUUUCUAAUUAUCUUGAUUAGUUUUAUUAUUAUUAUUCCCUCCUUUUGUUUCUGCCAUGUCAAAUAUCAUAGGUGAUUGUGCACUCAGUCUCUCUUCCUCUCCAUCUGGUGGAGAUGAAGCUCGCUAUGAAAAUCAAGAACAAGAGCUCCUUACUCACUUGCAUGGCGGCUCAAGCUCUUUGCCUUUAAACACCAAAACUAACAGCAAUGGCUCCACUUCCACCGCUCAGCAUCAACCUCCUCCUCAAGCCAAGAAGAGAAAGAGAAAUCUUCCAGGAAAUCCAGAUCCAGCGGCUGAAGUCAUUGCUCUAUCGCCAAACUCCCUAAUGGCGACGAACCGUUUCGUUUGUGAGAUCUGCAACAAAGGGUUUCAGCGAGACCAAAACUUGCAGCUUCACAGGCGUGGCCACAAUUUACCCUGGAAGCUGAAGCAAAGAACCAGCGGCGAAAUCAGGAAGCGGGUUUAUGUUUGCCCCGAGCCGUCGUGUGUUCAUCACAACCCGGCUCGUGCAUUGGGGGAUCUCACCGGCAUCAAGAAGCACUUCAGCAGGAAGCACGGUGAGAAGAAGCUGAAAUGUGAUAAGUGCUCCAGGAAAUAUGCAGUUUAUUCUGACUGGAAAGCUCAUUCAAAGACUUGUGGUAACAAGGAAUACAAAUGUGACUGUGGCUCCAUCUUUUCCAGGAAAGACAGUUUCACAACCCACAGAGCCUUCUGUGAUGCCCUAGCUGAAGAGAACCAGAAGACCAACAAGGGGAAAAUGGCUCACACUGGCUCGGACCAAGAAACCCAGAUGGCUCCUGACAUCGCGCCUGCCGGGCUCAUGCCUAUGCCGGCGAAAACUGGCCUGAAUACGGCGCCAACAGGUGCCAUGUUCUCGAACAACUCUUCAGGAGGCAGCUUGUUUUCUACAGCUUCUUUGUCGGCUACGGCAUUGUUGCAGAAGGCGGCUCAAAUGGGUGCCACUUCCAGUAACGGUACCAGAACUUCUUCUCUUGUGACAAGCAUGGCGCCACCGUUUACCACCACAAUGCAGCAACAGAUUCAUCAGAAUAAUCAGAUUUUGAACCCCAUUUUCACUGAGGUGGCGGUUGAUGACCAGAGCCCAGCCAUGAAUGAUAUUGGGAUGUUUUUCAGGUUUCUAGACCAUCAAAAUAAUCUAUCAAUGAAGAAUCUGAACCAGAACAACAUUGCUAAUGAUAAACUGGAUAACAAUCCAGAUUUGAUUAACAGCAUUAACACUAGUGGAGCAAAUAACAAUCCAACUGGGUUCGAUUCAACAUUUUGUGGGGACAUGAUGACCGUUGAUUUCCUAGGAGUUGAGGAGCCAAGACCGAUCAGGGACCUCCUUCAGAAUCAACAUCAAUCAAGGGUUCAUCAAAUGCAAGGUUUGAACAAUUUUCAGCAGUAUGCAGCAAUGGAGAAGCAUAUGUGGGGAGUCUAGCUAGAUAUGAAGAUAUGCUUUUUAUUUUAGCUUAUUUAGUUUAUUGAACAUUUGACUUUCAUUUUGUAACUUUCGGUGGAACUUAGAAGGGUCAUGCAUGUCUUGCUGAAGAGCGAGGCAUAGAGGAUUUUGGUUGAGAUAUAUCAAUUUUAAUUAGACUUUUUAUCUUAUACCCUUAA